AUGAAUUACCGAGCAGGUUUCCUGAAGAUUCUGUGGAUGAUGAUCAUGUUACACUUUGUUGAAGCAAAUUUAUCGUGUAAACCCAGACAACUGGCCUCUUUGACCAAACACGAAAUGGAAAUCUGUUUAACUAAGUUUGAUGAAGCUAAUGGCAAACCCUUUGGAACCUGGGUGCCAGGUUUCCCAGAGCUCACAGUGGAGCACAACUCCUCUGUUGUUGGGGCCAAAGUGCAGUGCAGUCUGCUGUUUCUAGCCCAAAGUCUGGAAAGGAUCCUGGAUGACCAGAAAAACGAUUUGAACCCUGAAGAUGUGUCCCUUCACAAGGUGCUGAGGGAGUCCAUCUCCAGAGUGGGUCUGCUGGGUGCCUGUCUGCAGGGCGUCCUGGGAGGGAAGUGCUCCUCUCCUCCGUCACCCCCCGAGAUGCCCACGAAAACCUUUGAGAGGAAGCAGUGGAGCCACACUCUGCUCACUGCAGGUGCACACUACCUGCACUGGCUGCAGCACAAACUCCCAACGCCAAAGUCCAAGAAGAGCCGGAGAGUCGCCCUCAAACAAAGAGCCACAGAGCUGCAAACGUACAGAGAGGGAAGUGGUCAUCUUUUUUAA